CUGUCGGUCUGUCCUACAACUUGCCUGAAUGAAAACACGGGAGUGACGCCACUACCAGCGAAGCGGUGGCGAUAAAAGUCGACUGCGACCCUCCUCUGUGGUAUUUCUUCUCGGGCGUCAACGGAGUUCGUUUUUCGAUAAGCGCGCUGUGUGCUGGACCGUGACCGAGCAGCAUGGACCCACGAAAAGUGGCAGAGUUGAGGAGCUUCGUGCAGAUGUGCGAGUCCAACCCCGGGAUCCUGCACCUUCCAGAGAUGAGCUUCUUCCGGACCUGGCUGCUGGGCAUGGGUGCAACAAUCCCUCCCCCACCCAAGACAGAGGAUUCAUGCCAGGGUGGCUGUCCUUGUGGUCCUCCCCCUACAUCAGCUCCGCCUCCCGCGCCCGAGCCUCCCGUACUCUCUGAGAGCGAGGAGAGUGAAAUAGAAAUGGACAAAGAGGGAGUGAUCGAGCCGGACACCGACGAUCCACAGGACAUGGGAGACUUUGAAAACAUUGAGGUCACAGAGGAGAUGAUGGACCUGGCCAAUGAGAAGAAGAUGGAGGCCAUUGAUGCUCUGGGAGAAGGUGAUCUGCAGAAAGCUAUGGGUCUCUUCACUGAAGCCAUUAAGCUGAACCCCUGCGUAGCCAUCCUGUACGCCAAGAGGGCAAGUGUCUACAUCCAGAUGCAGAAACCCAACGCAGCCAUAAGAGACUGUGACAGAGCCAUCAGCAUCAACCCAGACUCUGCACAGCCGUACAAGUGGAGGGGAAAGGCUCACAGGCUGCUGGGACACUGGGAGGAUGCAGCCAAGGACCUGGCCACAGCCUGUAAACUGGACUAUGAUGAAGACGCCAGUGCGAUGCUGAAGGAGGUCCAGCCUAAGGCGAACAAAAUCAUGGAGCACAGACGCAAAUACGAGCGCAAGAGAGAAGAGAAGGAGAUCAAGGAGAAACAGGAGCGGGUAAAGAAAGCGAGAGAGGAGCACGCGCGCGCUCAGAGGCAGGACGAGGAAGCACGGCAGUUUGGAGGAGGAUUCUUCCCAGGUCCUGCUGGAUUCCCAGGCGGGGCCCCUGCUGGCAUGCCGGGUCUCGGUGACCUCCUGAAGGACCCCGAGCUGCUCAACGCCAUGAAGGACCCCGAGGUGAUGGCCGCCUUCCAGGAUGUGGCGCAGAACCCGGCCAACAUCUCCAAGUACCAGAACAACCCCAAAAUCAUGGCCCUCGUCACCAAGCUGAGCUCCAAGUUUGGAGCUUCACCACAGCCGUAGACGGGGGAAAAAGAGCGAAGCGGAGUGGAGAGAGAGGAGGGGAGCGCCGAUACGUGGUGAAACCAUCUCGAGAACCCACAACGCUUUUCAAAUUAUUCCACUGUGUGCAGCUCAAACAUGGGAGCGGCUGACAGAUUAAUUGGUGUGAUGUAGAGAGAGUGGGGCUACUUUUUUAAAUGUUCUUAUUCAGCCUGUUAGCACUUAGCAACGUCUCAACGUCUCAACCCCGACGGUUAGGAGUCAGGUCUGAUACUUAGACAAACCCCCCCACCGCGUCUCAGCUGGGACUUCACGUAACCACAGGUGGAGCAAUUUCUUAACCUGUAUCUGGAAAAGCUAAACUGGGAGCUCCUGCAUUAAGACGCUAGCUCACAAACAUUUUUACAGCCAUUUAAUACGUGGUGAUGGUUUAGCUACCGGUCUUUUCUUUCUCUGAUCAGAGCCGAACUCUCACACACAACUGUCGGCACUUUUUGUUAACAGAUCUAUUAUUGUAAAUGUAAAAAUAAAUUUAAAAAAUGGGAAAAAAAAUUCUGACCUUGAUGUUUGACCCUGUUGGAAAAACGAUUCACAAUAAUAAAACCUCUGUUGCUGCAAAA